AUGUCCACCCAAGCGCCUCGACUCGACUCGGAGCUCGAUUCCUUCCGCGAGCAAUGGCUCUCCGACUUGCGCACCCGCAGACACUCCUCUUCCUCCCACCAAGCCCGGCCCGCCUACGCCGCCGCCGCCUCAUCCCCAGCGCCGCCCCUUGCGCCGAGGAACCAACAGCCCGCGCCACCGCUCUCCCCGUCCUCCGGCAGCAGACGGCUCGCGCCCGACCCCGACGUCGAAGACGACUACCUGCGCGCGCGCGCCUUCGACGAGCCGCCCGCCCCGGCAGAGUACACCCUCGAUGGGUCGCUACGCCCACGGCCCGGGAGGACGCUCGUCUCGGCGCUCGACCACUACGAAGAGGCCAUGGAGAAGGAGGCGCAGGGCAACAUGGGCGAGAGCUUGAAGCUCUAUCGCCAGGCAUACCGUCUCGACCAUCGCGUCGACAGGCGAUACCGCGAGAAGCACUUCCCCCCGUCCUCGGGUGCCCCGUCAUCCGCAGCACUACUCAAGCUGCCGUCAUCGACCAACCCGUCACCGCCAAGCCAGGAAAACACAACGACAACCAAGGGCGCUGCUGCUACCACAGAUGACCCGACCCCCCAGUUCCAAUCCACCGCCGACCUCAUCGACUCCUUCUCCCACCUCGCUAUCGUCCCCCCCCCGCCCGAUGUCGAAAACACUCCCUCGCCGCCAUGUCCCAUCGCCUCCCUCCCCUCGGAGCUGCUCGCCCACAUCCUCUCGGACCUCGCCGCCGCCGACCCGGGCGCCUUUGCCGCCGCCGCCCUCGUCUGCAAGCGCCUUGCCUACCUCGUCGCCACCGAGCAGCGCAUCUGGCGCCGCGUCGCCCUCUCUCCGGACCACGGUUUCCCCGCCAUGCACUACCGCUUCAACCGCACCGUCGAGUGGGCCGAGCUCGUCGACGACGCCGGCUUCGUCGACUCGUCGGAAUCGCGCAGGGCAGCCGAGAGCGCGCGGGCGGCGGCGACGGCGCUCGUGCCGGGCGUCUGGCCCUCGUGGCGCGACAUGUUCCGCUCGCGCCCGCGCAUCCGCUUCAACGGCUGCUACAUCAGCACCGUCAACUACGUCCGCUCCGGCCAAAUGUCCACCAACCAGGCCACUUGGGGCGGCAGCCCCGUCCACAUCGUCACCUACUACCGCUACCUGCGCUUCUUCCGCGACGGCACCGCCAUCAGCCUGCUCACCACCUCGGAGCCCGCCGACGUCGUCCACCACCUCACCCGCGACCUGCUCCGCCUCCACCGCGACCGCCCCCACCAUCACAACAACCACAGCCAUCAGCAUCAGCACCAACAUCUCCCCUCGGCGCCCAUGCGCCUCGCCCACCGCGGCCGCUGGCGCUUAGGCUCCCCGCCGGACGACAUCAACAGCAGCAACGACGGCGGAAAGAACGACGGCGAGGCUGCCCUCUGCAUCGAGACGGAGGGCGUCGGCCCCCAGUACAUGUACCGCAUGGACAUGGCCCUGCGCAGCGCCGGCCGCGCCGCGCGCAACAACAAGCUCGUCUGGAGGGCCUUUCACAGCUACAACAAGCUGACCGACGACUGGGCCGAGUUUGGGCCCAAGAACGAGAAGCCCUUUUUCUUUAGCCGCGUGAGGAGCUACGGUAUGGGCGAGUAG